GAGUCAGCGCUUAAGAGAAAGGACUGACACUCUAUGGAAAAGCCAAACAUGAGGUCUUCAGAAAUGAGGAGAAAUGCAGCCAUCUGACACGGUCAUGACCCCCAAACGCGUCUUCCUCUCGGUGCUGGUGUUCGGAGUAGCAGGGUUGCUGCUCUUCCUGUAUCUGCAGGUCUGGUUUGAAGAACAACAUACAGAAUGGGGACCAGUAAAUUACUUGCAGCCCGUACCCAGAAUGAUGACUAGAGAAGACACCCAGGAACAUAUCACCAAACAGAACCCCAAAUUUCACAUACUGGAGGAUCCCAAGGGAAAAAAAGAAAAUCUUAUACGCAAUUCUGAGAGGCCAACUAGGGUCUUAAUGAAGACCAGCCACUCACAAGGAAAGGAUCGAGCUGUGGGUAAGCCCACAGGGUUACCAACAAUUAAGUUGAUUGAAAAACAUCAAGGAACUAAGACCUUUUUCAAGAAGUUCAGCGAAAUGAAUUGGCCAUUGGCCAUUCGCCCUUUAAACAAAAGUUUCAUCAGAGACAACAAAUGGAAGAAAACUGAUGAGACACAAGAGAAACGGAGGUCUUUCCUCCAUGAGUUUUGCAAGAAAUACAGUGGGGUGAGUCGUCCUCAGUCACAUCUUUUUCAUAUGGUGUCCAGGAUGUAUGUAGAAGAUAAACACAAAGUCUUAUACUGUGAAGUGCCCAAGGUUGGCUGUUCCAACUGGAAAAGAAUUCUGAUGGUACUAAAUGGACUGGCUCCCUCUGCAUACAACAUCUCUCAUGAUGCUGUUCACUAUGGGAAGCAUUUGAAAAAGCUAGAUAGCUUUGACUUAAAAGGGAUACAUACUCGUUUGAAUACCUACACCAAAGCUGUGUUUGUUCGUGACCCCAUGGAAAGAUUAGUGUCAGCAUUUAGGGACAAAUUCGAACACCCCAAUAGUUAUUACCAUCCAGUAUUCGGGAAAGCAAUUAUAAAGAAAUAUCGACCAAAUGCCUGUGAAGAGGCAUUAAAUAACGGAUCUGGAGUCAGAUUCAAAGAGUUUGUCCACUACCUGCUAGAUUCCCACCGUCCAGUAGGAAUGGACAUUCACUGGGAAAAGGUCAGCAAACUCUGCUAUCCGUGUUUGAUCAAUUAUGAUUUUGUAGGCAAGUUUGAAACUCUGGAAGAAGAUGCCAAUUACUUUUUACAGCUUAUUGGUGCUCCAAAAGAGCUGAAAUUUCCAAACUUUAAGGAUAGGCACUCUUCUGAUGAGAGAACAAAUGCUCAGGUCGUGAGACAGUAUUUAAAGGAUCUGACAAAAACUGAGAGACAACUAAUAUAUGACUUUUAUUACUUGGACUAUUUGAUGUUUAAUUACACAACUCCAGUUUUGUAGCUUGUAUUCAUUUUCUAAAGCCCUGUUAUUUACUUCAUGAUGCUAGCUUCAAAUCAGCUAACCCUGAUUUCCUUCUAAUUGUCUGUAUGAGAGAAAUUUAACUAAGUGUAGUUGUCUUGAUAGGAUGAAGAUUUUUACCAAAUAGUAUGACACCAAUUGGCCCAAAGUUCUAGGAAAAUUACCUAACAGAGACAUGUAAAGAACUUGAGUUGCUCGAAAAUGUUUGGGAAAGAGCUGCUUUUACAUUAUAGAUUAUUAAUUAUAGAGGCAAUAACCUCACCAGCGGCGAUGUCAGCUGCAACAGCUUCUUGCAGUGGUAGGAAAAGGGAUCUAAAAUAGCAUGAGUGUAUGUCUACAUCCUGGAAUGUGUUGUCUAAAGUGCAUGGAUAUAUUUUUAGCAGUCUUUGGCAUAUUAAUCAAACACUGGAUAGUUUUCUUAUACCCUGGAAAUCUUUCUGUCAACUAUAAUGAUAAAUCCAUUUGAAAUGAUAUGUUAGGCUUAGGCAUUUUACAUUAGAUUAGAAAGCACUGUGUGAUUUACAGCAUGAGACUGUAGCAGAAAAAACAGAUGAGGCUGGCUAUGUAUGGCUUUUUAUAUCCAACAGGCUGAUUAAAAAUGCACAACAUGCUAAGAUCAAAGCAAUGGACGCAACCUUCCUCAUCCAGAAAAAACCAUAAGGGAAUUGAUUGUUUUCUUUUGAGCCGUCUCUGCAGGUACAAAAUGAACAUAACCACUGAAGGACUUAGUUUCUGAAGGAGGCCGUUAAAAAGUUUAAGCCUCAUCAGAUAUAAAUGUGCACCUAAUUCUGGUUUAAUUGGCCAGGGGGGAAAUUGUUUCAGGGUGGAAUAAUCAUCAAGAACAAAAGUUGCCACUCUGAAUAUAGACCUCAAACAAUAACAAAGUUUUAUAAGAAUAUUAUUUGAAUCAAAGCAUCAUGUGUUUAGCUUUAUUGAGGAUUGUACACCAAGAAAGCUUUUGUUUGCAAUCUAAUUAUUCAGCUUGGGAAUGACUUUUUAAAAACUAAUAUACCACUUCAAAGAUAGGUUAUGUUCUGGAAAAUAAACAUAACAAGAGCCCCUAGAAAAGUUUUUAAUAGGCUUAUGCAUAAACAAAUUAGGGUAUUUUCUUUUUAAGUUAAAAUAUUCUAUACUAAUGAAGUCGAAUACCACUGCAUUCAAAUAUUAAAUCAAAAUCUUUGGAAAAUAGGACCAUGUGUCACCCUUAUAAGAAGUUAUAAUGCUUUUUGGAAAUUUUUUCCAUGGGACUCUAAAUCUAAAGACCCAUUUGGGUGGGAAAUUUAUUUUAAUUGGUCAACUCUUAACCUAACUUAAGCAAAUCUCAUGUCAUUCAAACCCUGUUUAAAUGCAUUCCUUGAACACUUUCCUUUUCCCAAACUACCAUUUUUUCUCAUCAGUAAAUAUUCAGUAAUGUCUGUCGAAGAAGAGUGGGUAUUAAUAUUAGAAUAGUAAUAGACCGAGAUGGUUACAGUUGUACUUAUUUCAUUUUGAUUUUCCAUUUUAUGGCUGAGUGUUCAUGAAUUGCUUCACUCUGCAUUGUGUCUCCCAGGG